AUGUACAAACCUGCACCUCCCAGGCCGAAGAAAACAAACAUCGUUCGGUCGCGUAACGGCUGCAGGGGCUGCCGCGAACGGCGCACAAAGGUACGCGAUGCCGCCGCACACUCCGAAGUGAUAAAGAUCUCGCUGACAGCGCAAUUAAAGUGCGAUGAGAAAACGCCCGUAUGCGGCACGUGCUUUAGGCUGGGAAAGCCCUGCGAAAGAGUCAGGCCCGAGCUGAAAUUCCACGUCGUGACUGCCCCUACGACAGGCUCAACAGUUGCUUCCAGUUCCAAAUUCAAGGCCACUGAAGGGCCGAUCUCUAAGACCGACUCCGGAUUUCCUUAUGUUCUUCCAACCCCUAGUGGGGACCUCGUUCGUUCACUGCAGCAUACCGAGCGAGAUGUCUUUUACUCAACUUACUGGGAGGAUCGCUGCCUGCCUGCACUACCUCCGAUGUUCCGCUCAAUCACUGGGCUCCUCAGCUUUGCGCCAUUGAGAGGUGCAGUUCUUGCUCUUUCUGCGUGCAAUAUUAGCCGCAUUCAAGCUGAGCGGAAGUCAUCAGCAAGCAUUGUGAGCUCCAGCUCAUAUCGACCAAGCCUGCAACAUCAAACGCGGAGUCAAUUGUACUAUUCUUCUGCGAUCAAGAAUUUUACAUCACUUACUUCGCACGACUAUAAUAAUAACCUUCACUUGAUUUUGGUCAUACUGGUCACAUUUGGUUACUUGGAGUCUUCUAUGGGCAACUUCCAUGGUUUCAACUGCCAUGUCCAAGGGCUGUCUGGAUUCCUUGUGGAGCUUCGACAAGCCACAGAGGAUCCCCUGAUCAGAGAUCUUCUUGCCGCAUGGUUUCAGUCACAAUUUCUUGUUUGGUGGGCACGUACAUACUUCGGUUCUUUGGAUGUGCAACGGCACUUGCCUUCGAUCCAUCUACCUGCGGUAUUUUAUGAAUUCCCUCGUUCCCUUUACGAGCGACGAGCAGUGGUACUGAGCAUGUUGUGCGAAUCGCAUCGAGUAAACACAAAGGAGACACUUGGACGGUGGGCCUGGUCAGUUACUAACCCGGAGAGUUUCCAUGUUGAAACCAAACCCCCUUGGGCUGUUGAGUUGGAAAACGCGUCCAAGAGACUGGAUACGUGGAUUCUACACCUACCACUGUCAGAGCAGCCCAUCAAAGAGGCAACCUCGUCCCAUUCGCCGAUACUUUUCCAAUCCCAUGAUGCAGCUCUCAAUUUUGCUUAUUAUGCCACGGCUCGCAUCAUGCAAUGCCUGUCAUUCUUGUACAGCCUGCAGACGCACGACUCGCGAGGCCUCUUCAACGGAUGUGCUGAUACGGAAAAAUGGGUCCUCCUUCUGUUGCAAAUAGCGCAAGGCGUUGAUCUGCGAAGUUCCAUCACCAUGAACACGUACACAAUCGGAUUUUCGGGCCUGCUGCUGGCCGCGUCUCUCCGUUGUCAGGAUCUCUCACUUGGUGUCAGAAUUGAGCAAUGGCUGCAAAACCUGAAGAGUAUGCAGCCAACGGAGGAGGGAGCAUUUCCAGUCUAUCAGACUCUUGCUGUCGUCAAGGCGAUCAAUCAACAGAGAAUGAUUGGGCGUGAUGUUUUUGGUGUCUCACAGCCGGUGGAUGAUGGAGGUGGAACUCCAAAAUUCUAUGGCUACAACAGCCAAAUGAUCCGGAGUCUUUUGAUGCAUGGUAGAUGCAGAGCCUCGGGCGAAUUCUUCACUGAAAAUAUGGAGCUUGGUAUAUAA